AUGUCGCUGCUGAAGGAGAUCCAAGCGAACGCGGCGGUGGCGUGGAGCCCCGUGAAGCGGCGCGCGGAGCUCUUGGCGCUCGGCUCCAAGGGCGACGGCGGCGUCGGCUUCGAGAACAACGGCGGCGAGUUCAAGCUCGUUGCGAUGGACCUCAGCGACCCGGGCCGCGGCAUGGUCACGCUGGGCUCCGUCAAGACGGCGUCGCGCUUCACGUCGCUGGCCUGGCGCGACGUCCCGCGCCACCAUGACACGUGUCCGUACGGCAUCAUCGCCGGCGGCAUGGCGGACGGCUCCGUGUCGCUCUGGAACCCGGCGCUCAUGCUGGACCGCGAACCGGGCACCGAAGCACCCGCGUCCUGCGAGAUCGGUCGCAUCACGCGCCACAAGGGCGCAGUCAAUGCGCUGCAGUUCAACCCGCACGAGGACAGCGCGCACCUGCUCGCCUCGGGUGGCAGCGACGGCGAAGUGUACAUUAUGUCGCUGGAGAAGCUGGCCAGCCCCGGCGUGUUCACGCCCGGAGGCCCCACCACGCCCCAGGCGCAGGCCAACGAGAUCACCAGCGUGGCUUGGAACACCCAGGUGAACUACAUCCUGGCCACGGGCUCGCAGAACGGCACGGUCGUAGUCUGGGACCUCAAGCAGAAGAAGCCUUGGUGCGAACUGCGCGACCCCGCGCGUGGAGCUGCCACCGCCAUUGCGUGGAACCCCAACGAGGGACUGCAGAUUGCUACCGCCUCGGGCGACGACCAGCACCCCGCGGUGAAGCUCUGGGACCUGCGCAACUCCACCAGCACGCCGCUGGCCGAGUUCCACGACCACACGGCUGGCGUUCUGUCCAUGUCGUGGUGCCCCAAUGACCCCGGUCUUCUGCUGUCGUGUGGCAAGGACAACCGGACACUGCUCUGGGACCUCUUCUCGCGCAAGACGAUGGCGGAGCUCCCGUCCGACGCCCCCAAUGCCCCUCAGAUGGGCUCGGACCAGUUCUUCGGUGGUGGUCUUGCUGGACAGCGCCGAUGGAAUGUUCAGUGGUCCCCGCAGGUUCCCGCUGUCGCUUCAACGUGCUCGCUGGAUGGCAAGCUGCAGAUUUGGGGUCUUUCUGGUGGGGGUAAUCCGGCUUGCCGCCCUCCCAAGUGGAUGCGUCGCCCGGCUGGUGCGUCUUUUGGAUUUGGAGGCAAGUUGGUGACGAUUGCCAACCCGCAGGAGCCCGCAGCUCCGAACGGCGACCACCGUCGCCUUAUUCACAUGCAGCGCGUGAUCAGUGACACCGGACUCGUGGCUGAGGCGGAGGCUUUGGACCGAUCGUUGGAAACGAAGGAUUUCAAGGGACACUGCGAGCAGAAGAUUGCGUCAGCCGCAACUGCCGAAGAGCGCAGCGUGUGGAGCUUCAUGAAAAUUCUUUUCGAGAAGGAUGCCCGUCAGCACCUGCUGCUUCACCUUGGUUUGGACGCGGAAAAGAUUAACGAACUGAACGCCAAGUUCAACCCCGAAGCCGCUGCUGCGCAGAAUGCUGCUGCUGCCCAGCCUGCUGCUGAUCCGUCUCAGGCACCUGGACCGCAGGUGGACCCUGUGACCGGAGCACUCCUCAGUGAUCGCAUUGACUCUGGCAUGGGAGCUGAAGACGUUUUCUCGUCGGGUUUCCACCCGAACGGUGGCGAUCAGACGUCUGCUGCAUCUCCAGCGUCCCCGUUGUCAGAUGUGUCCGCUCUGGCUGCUGCACUGCCUUCCCCGCUGGAGGAAGACAAGAGCAAGCGCUUGGAUGCUGUCCCUGCGCCUGUGUACACCGAGGAGUCCGAAAGCACACUGAUGCAGGCGCUUUUGGUGGGCAACUUCGAAGUGGCCGUCAACUGCUGUUUGGCUUACAACCAGCUUGCGGACGCAUUGUUGCUUGCCUCUUGCGGUGGCCCCGAGCUUUGGGAGAAGACCCAGCGCGCAUUCUUUGCCCACCAGCAGCGCCCUGUGAUGCGAGUAGUUUCGGCUAUCAUUAAGAACGAGCUAACCGAGCUCGUAGAGGUCUCGGAUCUCGCGGAAUGGCGUGAGACGCUUGCGAUCUUGAGCACCUACGCUAAGAGCGAAGAAUUCCCCUCGCUUUGUGACAAGUUGGCUACGCGACUGGAAGCUGCUGGUGACCUGCACUCCGCGACGCUGUGCUUCAUGUGUGCUGUGAACGUUGAGAAGACUGUUAACGCGUGGUGCAAGGAAAGCGAGGUUGAAGCUCGCACGCACGGUCACACAUUUGCCCUCCACCGGCUUGUGGAGAAGGUUUCCGUGUUUGCCAUGGCUGUGGACCAACCCGACCAGUCCAUGGGCCCCGAGGUGGCACAGCGCUUUGCUGAAUACGCUUCUUUGAUGGCUGCGGAGGGCCGAUUGGAUAUUGCCGCGAAGUAUGCACGGUUCCCCGAUCUCAGCUGUGCGAUCUUGAAGGACCGCAUUUACAACGCUUACCCCAUGCAGGGGUACCAGCCGCCUCCGUUCCCGUUCGACGUCGUCCAGAUUCAGACCCAGGCUCAAAUUCAGCAGCAGCAGCAACAACAACAACAGCAGCAACAGCAACGCCAGGCUGCGGCUCAGCAGCAGCAACCGAGAGGCGGCUACGGCAACAAGCCUUCUUAUGGCGCAGCAAGAAACCAGUACGGUGCUCCUGCUGCGCCAACUCCGGCCCCUGCUGCCGCCCCCAUGCCUACGCCUGGUGGCUUCGGAGCGCAAAACUCGGGCUACCAGGCCCAACAGCGGACGCCGACUCCCGCGCCUGCUUACCCCGGCCGCCCUGGCGGCUACCAGUCAGCUCCGCAGCAGCCAGGAUACCCUGGAGCUGCUGGUAUGCCCCCGCAGCCUCAGCAGCCUGGAGGCUACCAGAGCCAGCAGCAACCGGGAUACCCAGGCCAGGCUGCGCCGUCGCCGUACCCGAGCAACCCGGCCCCCACGCCGUUCCCGGGGCAGUCUGGUGCUCCUCCGUUCCCUGGACAGCCGCAACAGCCUCCGCAGCAGCCUGGCUACGGUCGUCCGCAGCAACCGGGCUUCCCUGGCCAGCAGGCCCCGCCCCAGCCAGGCUUCCCGUCGGGACCUCCGUCGUCGUCAGGUAACCGGUCGCACCCGCAGAUGUACUCCGGCCCUCCAUCGACGGGUGGCACUGCUCACAUGCCUGGCAUGCCGUCCCCUGCGUACGGUGGGGCUCAACGCCCCGGAACAGGAUUCGCUCCCCCCGCUGCUACUUCGGCUUCGCCAGCUAUCCCUCAAGGUACGGGGGUAAAUCCGCUUACUGCUGCGAUGGGGUCGUCUCGUAUCGCGAAGCCCUCUGUUGAUAUGAACUCGCACCAGCGCGACGGGUUUGUGAGCAGUGUGGGCAACAAGGAACUGACACUCAAAUAUGGGAAUGCUACGACAGCCUCUCUCUCGCCCCUCGCGAGUGCUGCCCCCAAGGCCGGUGGCUUCCCGCCCGAUGUUGUGCCCGGCAGCACGGAGAACGUCGGUCCUCAGGAUCUUCCCAUUGUGAACGCGUUUAACGACCUCGUUAGUCAGCUCCAGGGUCUUCCGCUUACCAUGAUGGAGCAGAAGCAGCUGCAGGAGAUCCAGAAGGGCAAGGAGAUCAUGUUCACUAAGCUCAACAUCGGCGACCUGUCGCCGGAGGUUGUGUCCCGACUGCACGAGAUGGUGGCGUGCUUCGGACAGCGCGAUUUUGCCAGCGCACAGGGGAUCUACGUUGCGCUCACGGCCUCGGACUGGGCGCAGCACAAGGACUGGCUGCGCGGUCUCAAGUCGCUCAUCCACAUCUCCAUGAAGCGUUUUAGAUAA